UCAACUGUGCUGGUGUUGCUCCGGUGAUGUCACGAGCAUGUGACUCUGCCUCUCCAGUGACAGCGUUUUGAAGGGAGGAAAAAAAAGAGAGAUUUUUUAAAGCUUGUGCCUUUUUGGGUUUUGUGUGAAGGCUCCACUCACCUCCCGAGCAACCACAGAACCACAGAAGUUCGGCUUAAAGCUUUUUCACACGGUGCUCCUGGCGGCGCGUAAAUGGUUAAUUGUCGUGGGUCAGCCUUGGGCUUAAGGACCUCAGCAGCCAUUGAGGACACUUCAAAGGUCAUCAAAACCAUAGAGAAACAAACUUUGUCCACGGAGUGACCGUUCGUGGUGGUAAUGGCAUCCAACAGCCUCUUCAGCUCGAUGACUUCUUGCCAGCAAAACUUCUUCUGGGAUCCGAGCGCCAGCCGGAGGUUCAGCCCCCCGUCCAGCAGUCUGCAGCCGGUGCCGGUGAAGAUGAACGAGGGGAACACGAGCGCGGGGCAGCCAGAGGCAGCUGGGCCGAGGCUCCGGCCCGCUGACAACCGCUCCAUGGCUGAGAUCAUUGCCGACCACCCGGCCGAGCUGGUCCGCACUGACAGCCCGAACUUCCUCUGCUCCGUGCUGCCCUCUCACUGGAGGUGUAACAAAACUCUGCCCGUCGCCUUUAAGGUAGUGGCCCUGGGAGAGGUUCCUGAUGGGACAGUGGUCACAGUGAUGGCUGGAAACGAUGAGAAUUACUCAGCCGAGCUGCGGAACGCCUCAGGGGUGAUGAAGAACCAGGUGGCACGCUUCAAUGACCUGCGCUUCGUGGGUCGUAGUGGGAGAGGGAAGAGCUUCACCCUGACGAUUACAGUGUUCACAAAUCCACCGCAAGUGGCCACUUACCACAGAGCCAUUAAGGUGACCGUGGACGGACCAAGAGAGCCAAGGAGGCACCGGCCGAAGUUGGAUGACUCUCCCAAGCCAGGCCUGUUUUCUGACCGCCUGAGCGAGAUAGAACGCCUCCGGCAGACCACCAUGAGAGUCGCCGUGCCAACGCAAACUCCACGACCCUCCCUCAACACCCCCAACUCCUUUUCUCCUCAGGGCCAGAGCCAGAUUUCAGACCACCGCCAGUCGCAGUCUUCCCCUCCAUGGUUUAAUGAGCAAGCGUACCCAUCAUACCUGAGCCCCAUGGCAUCCCCCUCGGUGCACUCCACCACCCCUCUGUCCUCCAGCCGCGCCACCGGCCUGCCCUCCAUCAGCGACGUGCCCCGCCGCCUCCCAGGUUCCACAGACCUGAGUCCUUUCCCUGGGCAGUUUGAGCGCCAGUUUCCUGGUUUCUCCUCCCUCACCGAGAGUCGAUUUUCCAGUCCUCGAAUGCACUACCCAGCCACUUUCACCUACACGCCCACCCCUGCCACCACAGGCAUGUCCCUGGGUGGUGCCCACUACCACACCUACCUGCCCCCGCCAUACCCUGGCUCCACUCAGAGCCAGAGUGGACCCUUCCAGAGCAGCAGCACCCCUUAUCUCUAUUACGGGGCCUCUUCUGGCUCCUACCAGUUCUCCAUGGUCUCGGGGGGAGACCGCUCGCCCUCCAGGAUGCUCCCCGCUUGCACUAGCGCAUCCACAGGGAUCACCUUAGUCAACCCCAGUCUCCCCGUCCAAGCUGACGGUGGGGGUGGUGUGGAGGAUGACGGCAGCCAUAGCAACUCCCCCACUGUUCUGAACGCAGCUGGGAGAAUGGACGAAGGUGUUUGGCGGCCUUAUUGACCAAGAACUAUGUUGUGUUAGUGCAAAGGGAGCACGAGCUAAAGGACCCUGUGCUACUUGUACAGGUGAACUCCAAACCAAUGACAUGGUUUUAAAGCACAAACCCCACCAGGAUUCCCGUCCUACCCAUCUGAGCUAUUCCCUUUUUUCCUUUGAUUUUAAUCUUAAAAUAUUGUUUGUCAUUUUUUUAGUAUUUAUAGUGUUUUUCUUUUCCAAAGGAAGUAUUUUAAAGCAAACUCUUGUGACAGUUCUUAUUUGUAUAAUUGUAACAUAUGGGCCAUUACUCCGAAACUGAAAGCGCUCAGUCUUAUUUACAGUUAGUAAAUAAAUAGGGUUUGACUGAUUUGUUAGCUCUCAGUCAACGCUGUUAGA